AUGAAUGUAUAUCAGAAAAACUCGAAGCCAUAUCAGACAGUCAAGAGUUUUGGUCGGAGUUUCAACGAAAUUCUGAAUAUUGCGAUAAUGUUGCAAAAAUCAGAGUUAGAAAUAAAAGAGAAGCUCAAUUCCAUUGGUUACAACGUUGUAUUCUUUGGUGCUUAUCCGAUCACCGAUAUAAACAAAGACUUAUACUCGACUAUUGGCCAAUAUUUUGCAUUUGCCGUUGGCGGACACGCAGGAACCUCUCGUGCUAGUGUAAUGAUUAAUGGUACAUAUGUUAACAAAGAGCUGGCACAUGUCGAUAUCUCCUAUUUUAUUAAUGAUAUGCUACAAAUCAAAAAAAUUGAUUACCUCUGGAUUGACGCAGAAAACGCAGAGUAUGGGUUUUUUGAUAUUUUCUAUAAAGAUGGAAGGUUCGCGAAGAACAAUAUAAUUUUCUGCCAAACAAGCUUAGAAGUUCACUAUCCAAACGCAAAACAGAAAUCGGAAUUCAUGAAGUUCAUACAAACAAUUGUAUCGGAAGCAAGAUUCGGAAAAAUGAAUAUUGAAAAAACCAAGGAAGUAUUCGCGGGUUUGAUAGAGAAGCCACAAUUAACAGAUCAACUACUUUCACGACCACCUUUAAAAUUCAUAAUCGAUAUUGUUGCGGCAGUAAUAAAAUCAACAGGAUAUUUGAAGAACGAUUUUUCGAAAAGCGAAUUGGAAGGAGCUUCAGCUGAUAAACAAUCGAAAAUUGAGUUUCUUGAGAAACUAAUCAAAUUAUUAGACGAAGGAGAUUUACAAAAUGUGAAAGCAUCAAAAAUCAUUGCGGGCAAAGAUGCAGACGAUACGAAUUUGCUUUUGCAAAAGUUGGGAAUGAACGCAAGGAAUUUUGGAGGAGAAGCUAAGGAAAAAAAGAAGAAGAAAAGUAGUAGUAGUAAGGAUAAAGAAAAGAAGAGUAGUAAAGAAGAAAAGUCUAGUAAAAAGGACGACUCAUCGGAAAAAAGAGAAAAACGAAGUAGGUCCGUUGAUAAAAAGGAUGACGCAAAGGAGAAAAAAUCGAAAAAAUCAAGUGAUAAAUCGAAAGAUCACAAAUCGAAGGAACGCUCGAAAUCGAAGGAUAAACAUGGAUCUAGUGAGUCGAAAGAAUCAAAGCUAUCAAAAGAAGCCAAAGAAGAGAAGAGACAGAAGAAGAAAGUAUUAAAGAGAGGAGAUUCCAUGAUAGCCAUGAAUGGAGACGUUGAAAAUAUUCAUGAUGAUGAAGGAUAUGAGGAAGCUGAAAGGCCAAGUGGUAAUCUAAUUGUAUACAAUGACAGCGCAACACCAGUUUCUCAAACUGCAACUUCUCCUGUGAAAACGGAUGAUAGUGGAAUGGGUGAUGAUAGCCCAAGACCUCCGCCUCCAGCAGAGCGAGCAGCGCUUUUAAGACAAGCCACUGGAGCAGCACGUCCUCAAACAUCGAUGGGUCGACCUGGAACAGCGUCAUCUCGUCCAGCUCCGCCAAAAAUUAAAAAGAAACAGAUUGCUACUAUUGACAAUACACCACAACCCACUGUGGAACUGAAAUCUGAAAUUAUUCAAGACACACCAAAUAAAGAUGCGGAUAAUGAAGACGACAAUUUUAUUAUUGAGGAAGAAGAAGUUGAAGCGCCACUGAUCACAAGUGUUGAAAUUGGAGAAGAGGAUCGAGGAGCUCUGGUACAAAAAAUAAUGGAUACAAAAGCUGAAAUAGAAGAUGGUGGAAUCGCAAAAGAUUUCGAGCAUCAGGAAAACGAUAAUGAAGAAUUCAAUUUGGAGAAAGAGAAAAUUGUUGGAAUACGUAAUAAGAUGCAAGAUGUUACAAAGGCUGCUUAUCCUCUGGCAAGACUGUUCGAUUUUAUAAAUGAUGAUAUUGAUGCCAUGAUGAAAGAGCUGGAAAAAUGGAGAGCCGAACAACGGAAAAAUGAGCUUGAACAACAAAAUAGGGCCGCUGCAGGGUUCGGAGAUAGCGGAAGAUUACUUACAAUUGUAACAAACUUGGAGAACGAUAUUCAAGAGAUCAAGACGGAACUCUCAGCUGCACGUGGUCGUGUGUUAGAAAACGACCAGCGAAUCAAAAUUUUAUUGAGAAAUGUUUAA